UCAUGCUGAGAAAUAAUGAAAAAUAAGUAAAAUACACUGGAUAAAGAGGAUAAAGUGUAUAGAUUAUGUGCAGAAUUCGUUGACCUAAUACCCGAGUGUGAAUUUACCAAAUACCAGGUGUUUUUUCUUGUGCACUACAGUAAUGAAUGAUUUUUCUCGGCCGACAAGACUCGCAUACAAUUUAAUGUUCGUACUCGUACCGAGCUUGUCUUUUCACGCGAGUUCGUUUCUAGUGUAUAUAGCCAGUCUAUGGACGGUCGAUGCGUGAAUAUAUUUCUAUGUCUAACAUAACCUCAAACUUGCCGCUGCAGUCGGGGAAGUCGUCGUCAUCAGCGUCAGCGUUGUUGGUGGAUAUUCCACAGCCACAGGCAGAGUUCUUGAUUCGAUAAGCAUCGCCAGCGCAACGAGGACGCAAUGAAUGAGAAAAUCAAAUCGCCCUCAACCCAGGCGAGUGGUGGUGCAGCUGGUGGAAAUGUGACCCCAGCGGUGGCAGCCACCACAGGUGGCGCCACACCGCCCACAUCGGGUCCGCCCACACCUAAUAACGGCAACGAUCCUAUUAUACAACAAGGUGGCACUGUACCACAUCCCUAUGGCGGCCCGCCUCCUGGCGCCGUGCCCGGCGUAGCUCCCGAUUCGGCUGCAGCUAUGUCGCACUAUCAUCACUUACAUCAACAACAACAACAACAACAACAGCAGCCGCAGCCACAGGGUCCACCGCUACCACCACACAUGCAACACCAUGGUGGACCACCGCCACCACAGGGACCACUACCGCUGCCGCUGGAGCAUACGUCCGGUGUGAAGGAUGAAUACGGCUCGGCACAUUUGCCGCCGCCACCAGGCGUUCAACACCCGCAUGCUCAUCCCGCUUACGCGCGCUACCACUCGGCUGAUCCCAACGUAGAUCCCUACCGCUACGGUCAUGCGCCGCCGCAGCAGCCACCGCCAGGCAGCAAGCCGCCUCACCAGCAGCAGCAGUCGCAGGGCGGUACUGGGGGAUCUCCGAAUCGGCCCCCGCAACAGCGCUACAUACCCGGACAGCCGCCGCAGGGUCCAACACCAACACUAAACUCAUUGCUGCAAUCAUCAAAUCCUCCCCCACCACCCCAGCAUCGCUAUGCGAACAACUAUGAGACACAACAAGUAGCCAACGCGGCAGCAGCCGCUGCCGCUGCCGCAGCACAACAGCAGCAUCAGCAGAGCACUCAACAGCCUGGCGGACCGCCGCCCCCGUUGCCGGGCCAUGGACCGCCGCCGCCACAGCACCAGCAAUACGGAGCGCAACAGGGCGGUUGGGCACCACCCCCAAGACCCUACAGUCCACAGUUGGGCCCAUCGCAGCAGUAUAGGACACCUCCGCCGACAAACACUUCCCGAGGUCAAUCGCCAUAUCCGCCAGCUCACAGUCAAAACUCAGGUUCCUAUCCAAGUUCGCCACAACAACAACAACAACAACAACAGCAACAGAGCCAACAGCAACAACAACAACAGGCCGCACAACAGCCUGGCGCUCCUGGUGCGCCGGCACCCCCUUCCGGUCCCGCACCGCCACAGCAGCAACAGAGUACACCGCCCACAUCUCAAUAUUCGCCGUACCCGCAAAGGUAUCCAACACCCCCAGGCUUACCGACAUCUGGGCCCAACCAUCGAACUGCCUACACAACACACCAGUAUCCGGAACCAAAUCGGCCGUGGCCUGGUGGCUCAUCGCCCAGUCCCGGUCCCGGUCAUCCGUUGCCGCCUGCCUCGCCGCACCAUGCCCCGCUGCAACAGCCGCCGACGCCGCAUAGCGCUGGUGGUGGCCCGCCACCCAGUAGUAGUCCUGGCCAUGCCCCCAGUCCAUCGCCGCAGCCCUCGCAAGCAUCGCCAUCGCCGCACCAGGAGCUGAUCGGGCAAAAUAGCAACGAUAGUUCAAGUGGUGGAGCACACAGUGGCAUAGGCUCAGGCCCACCCGGCACUCCUAACCCACAGCAAGUAAUGAGGCCAACACCAUCGCCUACAGGCUCGUCGGGCUCAAGAUCCAUGUCUCCUGCAGUGGCACAAAAUCAUCCAAUAUCGCGCCCGGCGAGUAAUCAGUCAAGUAGUGGUGGUCCAAUGCAGCAACCGACCGUGGUUGCUGGCCCACCCCCAAUGCCACCACACGGUUUACCAGGUGGGCCACCAUCUCAGCAACAAUCUCAGCAGCAGCAGGCUUCAAAUUCAGCAUCUUCAGCGAGUAAUUCGCCGCAGCAGACGCCACCACCUGCACCGGCGCCAAACCAAAAUGUUAACAAUAUGGCUACACCACCACCACCACCGCAAGGAGCUACCAGUGGCUAUCCUCUCCCGCAACAUAUACAUGGCGGCUACAAAAUGAGCUUACCAGGUCAAAGCCCCGGUGCUCAAGGAUAUCCUCCACAGCAGUAUCCUCAAGGUAACUACCCGCCACGUCCCCAGUAUCCGUCGGGAGCGUAUGGAGCUGGACCACAACCGCCACCAAAUAGUCAGUCCGCUGGAGGCGCUAACAGCAUGCCAUCCGGAGCACAACCUGGAUACCCUCGGUCAAUGCCAAACCACGGUAGUGGCAGCCCCCAUCAGCAGUAUCCUCCGUAUCAGUGGGUUCCGCCGUCACCACAGCAGUCUGGCCCUGGCAGUGGAUCAGUACAAAUUUCCGCUGGCAUGGGCAAUCACGUGCAGGGCAAGGGCACACCACCGCCAGUUGGACCACCACCGCCACAGGGCAGUGGCUCUCCGCGUCCUCUUAACUACCUUAAGCAGCAUUUACAACACAAAGGUGGAUAUGGCGGUAGUCCGGCAGGACCCCAACCCCAGGGCUAUGGAAAUGGACCAACUGGCAUGCAUCCGUCAAUGCCCAUGGGUCCUCCACAUCAUAUGGGUCCGCCGCAAAGUAUGGGACCACCUACCAGUACACCGCCGCAGUCUAUGAUGGGCGCGCAGAGUGGCAGCGACACCGAACAUAUAUCCCAAGACAAUGGUAUUAGUUCAUCCGCGUCAUCGCCAGCUGCAGGCUUGCAUGCAGUUACUGCAGUAGUUACAACUGGACCGGAUGGCACACCAAUGGAUGAAGUCAGUCAACAGAGUACGCUCUCAAAUGCGUCUGCAGCAUCAGGUGAAGAUCCACAGUGUACUACGCCAAAGUCGCGCAAACAUGAUCCAUAUAGCCAAAGUCAUUUAGCUCCACCCAGCCCCUCGCCACAUCCAGUUGUAAUGCAUGGAGGUGGCGGGCCGACAGGCGAAGAGUACGAAAUGAACUCGCCUCCAAACUGGCCCCGUCCAGCCGCUAGCUCACAGGUUUUCAACAGUCAUGUUCCUGUUCAACAAGAACCUUUUCGUAGCACUAUAACGACUACUAAGAAAUCCGAUUCGCUUUGCAAGCUGUAUGAAAUGGAUGACAACCCGGAUAGGCGCGGUUGGCUAGACAAAUUACGUGCUUUCAUGGAGGAUCGCCGUACACCAAUAACGGCUUGCCCGACCAUCUCAAAACAGCCACUUGAUUUAUAUAGGUUAUAUAUUUAUGUAAAAGAACGUGGCGGAUUCGUCGAGGUGACCAAGAGCAAGACCUGGAAGGAUAUUGCCGGUCUGCUCGGAAUCGGCGCCAGCAGUAGCGCUGCAUACACACUGCGUAAGCACUACACAAAGAAUCUGUUGGCAUUUGAGUGUCACUUUGAUCGUGGCGACAUUGAUCCAUUACCCAUAAUACAGCAAGUGGAGGCUGGUAGCAAGAAAAAGACAACAAAGGCAGCAUCGGUACCAUCACCAGCAUCAAUGCCGCUUGCCGACUCAGGCACUCAAAAUCAAUCAGCUGCCACUGUUGCCGGUGAUAACAUAAAUGUGAGCAAUCCUUUUGAGGAUCCAAUUGCUGGCGGUGGGGCCGCUGGUGGUGUUGCUGCUGCUGCUGCAGUUGGUGGUGCUGCCUCACAUGGUGCUCCCCCACCACCCCCGCAUUCACCGCACACAGCGCCACAAUCGGGCAACCAACAACACCACCAACAAGGCAUUCCAUCCCAAUUGCCAUCGCCGUCGCAGCAACCACCGGCGCCACCACCACAGCAACAUGGGCCGCCGUCGACGCAGCAUGCGCGCCCUGGAACUGGAGUACCUUAUCCACAGGGUAGCUCUGGGUAUCCAACGCCUGUGUCUAGAACGCCAGGUUCCCCCUAUCCAACACCUCCUGGUGCUUAUGGGCAGUAUGGCUCGAGCGAGCAGUACAGCUCCGCUGGCCCGCCGGGCCAACCUUUCGGACCAAAUCAGGGCCAAUAUCCGCCUCAGAGUCGCAAUAUGUACCCUCCCUACGGACCCGAGGGGGAAGCCCCUCCAGCUGGUGCGAAUCAGUACGGUCCCUAUGGCAAUCGUCCCUACAGUCAAGCACCACCCGGUGGACCGCAGCCACCGGCACAAGCGGUAGCGGGUGGCCCUCCGACUAGUGGCGCUCCCGUAGCCCCGCCAAACAGCGGCUAUGUACCAAGCACUCCAAAUCAACAGGAUUACUAUAGGCCGCCGGAUCAAAGUCCUCAGCCACGCCGACAUCCGGACUUUAUUAAAGAUUCUCAGCCUUACCCUGGCUAUGCUACGCGGCCCCAAAUUUAUGGUGGUUGGCAAGGCAACAAUCCGCAGUAUCGUCCUCAAUAUCCCACAUCGACUGCACCUCAGUCGUGGGGCAAUGCUCCACCUCGGGGUGCUGCUCCCCCUGGAGGCCCACACGGUCCGCAUGGGCAGCAACAAGCUGGAGUUGCUCAGUGGGACCAACAUCGUUAUCCACCCCAACAGCCACCACCUCCGCCGCAACAGCAGCCGCCUUACCAGCAAAGUACGCCGCCUGGACAGCAACAGCAGGCGGCACCACAAUGGGCGCAAAUAAAUGCGGCUCAGGCCCCACCACAAUCAAGUAUUUCUCAGCCGUCGUUGCGUCCACCAACUGGAGUGGGGCAGCAACAGCGUAUGCCCAGCGGAGUGGCCGUAAUGCCGCCACAACAGCAGCAAGGACAAACAGUUUCACAGCCACCACAUGGCGGGGUACCAGCAUCCAGUAUGCCGUCUGUGCCCGGAAUGGUGAAGCCACCUUACGCUAUGCCACCACCCUCACAGUCUGGUAGUGGCUCACCAGGUGGGCCUAUGGUUGGCAGUGCACCGGUUACCAUGAUCGCGCAAAAGCCGUCGCCCAUAGUUGGACAAGGAAUGCCGCCCACACAGCAGCAGCCACCACAUCAGCUCUCCAAUCAACAGCCUGUCUAUGCCCCGCAAGUGACUGGCCCAGGAGCGCAGAUGGUCAAGAAAGAGCUAAUCUUUCCACAUGAUAGUGUAGAAUCGACUACGCCGGUACUAUACCGCCGGAAGCGCCUGACCAAGCUUGACGUGUGCCCUGUCGAUCCCUGGCGAAUUUUUAUGGCCAUGCGCUCGGGCUUACUUGCUGAGUGCACAUGGGCGUUAGAUGUGCUUAAUGUUCUUUUGUUCGACGACUCGACCGUACAAUUCUUUGGCAUAUCAAAUUUGCCGGGUCUGCUAACGCUCUUGCUGGAGCACUUCCAAAAGAAUCUAGCGGAAAUGUUCGACGAACGCUGUGACGAGGCAGCAGAUGAGGCGGCAGAUGACGACGCUGAUAGCGGCACAGUAUCAUUGAAAGCUGAGGACAAGCUGCAGCGGAAGCAAACGCGUUCAGUGCACAGCAUUUCUAGCUACAACCGUAGAAGGCACUACGAAAAUAUGGAUGUGAAGCGUGUUGCCCACAGCGAGGACUCGGAUGAAGCUGACGAGGGUAUUGACUUGGGUCAGAUACGUGUUCAGCCCAAUCCCGAAGAGCGAUCCCUUCUCCUUUCGUUUACACCCAACUACACCAUGGUCACACGGAAGGGUGUGCCCGUCCGCAUUCAGACCGCUGAUAACGAUAUUUUUGUUGACGAGCGUCAAAAGGCUUGGGAUAUUGACACGAAUAGGUUAUACGAGCACCUGGAACCAGUGGGCAGUAAUGCUUGGACCUAUGGCUUUACGGAACCCGACCCACUUGAUGGCAUCAUCGAUGUGUUUAAGUCAGAGAUCGUUAACAUUCCAUUUGCGCGAUACAUACGCUCCAAGCACAAGAGCAAACAGGAAGCCGCACAGAAAAGCAAUAUUAGCCCAAAACACGAAGAUAUUUCGCCUGUGCUUAAGCAAGAGGACACCACAAGUAGUACGGAGGACAGUAGUUUACUUCAACAGACUUACAAUAAGAAGCGGCGCCUUGUGGGUAGUGUCGGUGCAGCUAGUACCGACAACAAGAAGUCCAAAGUGGGGGAGGAGUUUGCGCAGCCAGCUGUGGAGCCGAAAAAGGAGCUAGACAACGAAACGGUGGGAGCCAGUACAACCGACAGUGAUUGUCGGACCAUUGAUAUGGAAAUCGAAUCUCCGCAACAACAACGUCUUACCAAUGGAGUUGCCUCAAUGCCCAAGAGAUUUGAUCCCAAGUCCACGGUGCGAGAUGAUGCGCAUGUCCUGCAGCGACGCCGCGACUCUAGCUACGAGGACGAAUGCUACACGCGGGACGAAGCGUCAUUGUACUUAGUAAAUGAGAGUCAGGACUCAUUGGCGCGCCGCUGCAUUGCGCUCUCCAAUAUUUUCCGAAAUUUGACUUUUGUGCCUGGGAACGAAACGGUGUUGGCUAAGUCGUCGCGAUUCUUAGCAGUGCUCGGUCGAUUGCUAUUGUUGAACCACGACCACUUGCGGCGGACUCCCAAGACGCGCAACUACGACAGGGAGGAGGAUACAGACUUUACCGACUCCUGCAGCUCGCUGCAGGGAGAGCGCGAAUGGUGGUGGGAGUAUUUAAUAACCAUACGAGAAAAUAUGCUCGUGGCUAUGGCAAACAUAGCUGGACAUCUGGAGCUCUCCCGCUAUGAUGAGCUAAUCGCACGUCCGCUUAUCGAUGGACUGCUGCACUGGGCCGUGUGUCCCAGUGCGCAUGGUCAGGACCCGUUCCCCUCAUGCGGCCCGAACUCUGCGUUAUCCCCACAACGCCUCGCCCUGGAAGCGCUAUGCAAAUUAUGUGUCACGGAUGCGAAUGUUGAUUUGGUGAUUGCGACACCACCGUUUUCCCGGUUGGAAAAACUGUGCGCGGUGCUUACGCGUCAUCUGUGUCGGAACGAGGAUCAGGUGUUGCGUGAGUUCUCAGUCAACUUGCUGCACUACCUGGCGGCAGCGGACAGUGCCAUGGCGCGUACUGUGGCCCUGCAGUCGCCGUGCAUCUCGUAUCUCGUUGCAUUUAUCGAACAGGCGGAACAAACUGCGUUGGGUGUGGCCAACCAGCAUGGAAUUAACUAUCUCCGGGAGAAUCCCGACUCAAUGGGAACCAGCCUGGACAUGCUGCGAAGGGCAGCCGGGACGCUGCUCCAUCUGGCCAAGCAUCCCGAUAAUCGUUCGCUAUUCAUGCAACAGGAGCAAAGACUGCUUGGAUUGGUCAUGUCGCAUAUAUUGGAUCAGCAAGUGGCAUUGAUCAUAUCUCGGGUGCUAUACCAGGUGUCGCGCGGAACCGGACCACUGCAUUCGGUGGAGUACAGAUUGUUGCAGCAGCGACAGCAGCAACAGCAACAACAGCGAAUAAACCAGACGCCGUCUGAGAAACAAAGUGCCCCAGCAACGCUGAAUGUAAAGCCCGAGCCGAGCGCCCAGCCUGAGCUGUCUGCGGCUGAUGCCAAGCCUGCCGCGGCUGUGGCCACGACAGCUGCAAUCAACGACGAUAACAGCAACAGCAGCCAGCAACUGCCGCCAGCGGCAACAUUCAAUGAUGUCAGCAACAGCAGCACCAACAGCAACAGCUGCGGCACCGUCAGCAGCAAUCAGACCAACAGUAGCAGCCUGGGCAGCAGUAGUCAGCCCACUCUGAACAAUUUAGUGGCAACCAGCGAGCAACAGGUCGGCAAAUCGCCCUCAGCUCCGUCUUCCGCUGUGUCGUCCAACAAUUUAGGUCACGUCAACGACGCUGCCGCAACAGCGUCGAAUGCAACGCCUCCGCCGUCAGUGGCACAGCCGACUGCACCACCGCCAGCGAACACGAACACAACAGCUGCCGUUGCGUAGUAUACAACGAUGAUGCCGGCUAAGACUUACUCCUCUUGGAGACGUGGCGAUGGUGCAGUCGAAGAAAUUUGCAAAAGAAAUGAUUGAGCAUACACGCAAGAUAUACAUGCAUAUAUACAUAUAUAUAACUGGAAAAUCAGAUUUGUAUCUCUUGCAAAGUGUUUAAUCAAUUAAUGUAAAUGUACUAAGUGAUGGGAUAGAACUUUUAAAGCAAAUGACCUUU